AUGUAUCAAUGGUUGCUGAGGGCUUGGUAUUGUUGUCGAACGGCAAAGGGGAGGGGGAUAAUACUGGCCAUAAUUCUUCAUGACUGUCUCCACAUUGGUGGAGACAUUCUUGUGAUACUUGAGGCUAUUGUCUAUGAAUUCAUCACAAAAAAAGAUGUGUGUCCGAGGGAAUUUAUGUGUGCCUGCGUAGAUUUGCGUACCUGGACGUGGAAUAGCGGAGGUACAAAUAUUAAGAGAGGCAAAUUGAAUAUAUAUACUCUUUCUGAGAUUAAGAGAGCUACUAAAGUGGCUAUGUUUAACUUUAGAUAA